AUUAACCUGCAAAUUCUCGCAAAAUACAGGUUUAAAGAAUAAGUACAAUGAUUCCUGGGAUCAGGAGUUUAAUUAAGACAUCAGUAGCGCUGUACCACCAGUCUUACAAUGUUGUUGGUGCUUGUGUCCCCGUUUUCAAUAGAAAAGCCUUACACACAACUAAUGUUGUUCAAGAUCUAAUGGAAUUUUUCGAUAAUAAGAAAAACUGGAAGGAGACUAAUAUUAAAGUAGGAAGAGCGUGGAAACUAGAUGAACUUAGGAUAAAAUCGAACACUGAUCUACACAAGUUGUGGUAUGUGCUCUUAAAAGAACGCAACAUGCUUUAUACUAUGGAACAUGCAUGUAAUGAAAAAGUAAGAUUGUUUCCUAAUCCAGAAAGAAUAGAUAAAGUGCAAGAGUCUAUGAAUAACAUAGAGACAGUUGUGAGGGAGCGUAAUGUGGCAUAUUACCAGCUGGAGACAGGAGAAACUGGAGAGAGACCAGUAACUGAUGUUGUAAAUGUAUUUGGGUUGCCUGAAAAGUACGAAAAGAAGGAAUAUUUUAUCCCGCAAUUCAUGAAUAGUCGAUGGGUGAAGCCUUAUUUGGAACAUGGAAUUGUUAACAGCAGGGCUGUGAAGAAGUUCUUCCGAUUGUACAGAGAGAAACAGCUCAAUGAGAAACGCAAGGCUCGGAAUAGGGACUUCCAUCAUGUGCAACACCUUUUGAAAAGGUUCCCUGACAUGGAUAUGGGAAAACUUAAAGCAGAGUACCCUGAUGUUGAUAUAGAGAGAGCUAAACGCAGCAGGAAGGCUAGAGGUCAUUUCAUGCCGAAAUAUUAGUUUUUUAAUGUAUGUAUGUAUGGUAGUUUAAUAAAAAUAGUU